AUGGCCGACGACAGCUACCGAAAAGAGUAUCCCCAGCAGAGCCGUCCAGACGACAGUCACUCUCGACCCCAGCCCCAUUAUCCUCCACCGCCGGAUACCGCCCAGCGGUCCUCCGACGUUCCUCCAGCCAGUAUGGCUACGUCUGUCACUUUGCCCUCCAUUCACGAUUCCCGUGGCUACGGCCCGCCCCCAGCUGCUCCGGGACGGGGCUACCCUACCGACCCGCGAUAUGCAUCUCCCAGUGCUGUCAACGGUUACCCGCCCCCUGGCCAGCAGCCUCCACCAGGACAACCCCAACAGUAUCUUCCGCCUCUGCAGCCGCAGUCUGACCCCAGAUCAGCCUAUCCUCCUCCGCCAGAUCAGCGUGGUUACUAUGACGAUCGCCGCCCUCCAUACGGCCAAGAACCGUAUGGCCAAGAUCCCUACUAUGCGUACUAUCGCGGGCAACCUCCCCCUCCAGGGCCUCCACCAAACGGCUACCGUCAUCCUAAUGGUGUAUAUGAGUACCCCCCAGUUGGACCUGGCGGCGCGCCUCCUUUGACCCAGGCAGCCCCUCGACAACGGACAUCAAUUGCUUGUCGGUAUUGUCGGAAGAGAAAGAUACGAUGCAGUGGUUACCAAAGUGCUCCCGGCGGCAAGUGCCAGAAUUGUGCUCGUAUGAACCAAGAAUGUAUCUUUCAGCCGGUCUCUUCGUCGAGUUCCACAGCUUUUAUCCCCGUAUCAGCAGUCCCAGGAGGUGUUCCCCCAGGCACACAACUGUUUGGUGCUUAUGGACAACCGUUGGCACCAGGCACUGUACCACCUCCGCCACAUGCUGGUUACCCUCAUCCUAAUGCCCCUCCACCUCCAGGUGCUUACUACGCUCCUGUACAGUCGCCGACUGAAUCCUUCUCGUCUUACGGAGAUGCGAGAACCGACGAUGGCAGCCAGCUUGCGGGCAGACGUCGCCGCAGGACUUCAGAAGAACAAGAUGACGCCUACAGACUGCCACCUCCUCGAAGCGCAAUAGACGAAGACCCACGAAGAAGGUCUCCCGCCGAGUUUUCGAACCAUAGCAGCCCAGGCGGUGUUGGAUACCCGCAGUAUCAGGGCGCAAGACAGAGUCCACGCAAUCCGACAAGCGGGACCCUACCUCAGGCUGCGGCGAGCGGUAGUUAUGCAACUUCUGCACCCGGCGGCCGAUCUCCGACUGGCCAAAAUGGGUCAAGUGGUGCGUCAACCCCCGCCAGACAGGGACAGCAGUCUCAGGGAGGAAAUUCGUCGAUCAUGAGUCUGAGCAACUUGGUAGACAAGAGCGACAUCGAUAAGACCAUGAUUGACAGGCUUAACCGACCUGCACCUGGUCAACCAGGCGGACGUCGUGAUGUUAGUCGUUAA